UCACCAAGGGCCAGGUGAGCCAGGAUGGCGUCCACGUGUCUGACGGUGCUGCUGAUGGCCACCCUGCCGCUCAUGCCCAUGGGGGCCAGCGCCAACCCCAGACCCUGCUCAUUCCCUUUCACUUACAAGGACAAGGUCCACAUGUCCUGCACCUCAGAAGACACACCGGGCCAAUCCUGGUGUGCCACCACUCCCAAGUUCCACGGUGAUCAGACGUGGAAAUACUGCACCAAGAAAGAGUAUGGUGGGAACUCCGAGGGCCGUCCCUGUGUCUUCCCCUUCAUGUACCUGGAGCGGAUGUGGCACAGUUGUGUGAGGGAAGACAACAAACCCCGAGAGGCCUGGUGCGCCACAACCAUGAACUACGACCGGGAUGAGCAGUGGAGCUUCUGUCCCGACACCAUGUUGGGUGGGAACUCCGAGAAAGCCUGCGUGUUCCCCUUCAAGUACAAGCUGAGGUUGUACACGGCGUGUACCACGGAUCAGGAGGCCAGCGGGCGGGCCUGGUGUGCCACCACCGCCAACUUCGACCAGGACAAGCUGUGGCGCUACUGCGGGACGCCCGGGGAGGAGGCUAGGAAUGCCCCGUGCAUCUUCCCCUUCACCUACCGGAGCCAGGAGCACACCGACUGCACGGGGGCGGGAACCGAAGGAGGGAAGCUGUGGUGUGCCACCUCCCACAACUAUGACCUGGAUAAGAGGUGGCACUACUGCUCUACUACAGCCUUCGGGGGCAGCUCCCAAGGGCAGCCCUGCAUCUUCCCCUUCCGCUACAAGGGCCGCGCGUACCUCACUUGCCCCCGGGACGACGAGGGAACCUACUGGUGCGCCACGACCAGCGACUACGACCGGGACCAGCUCUGGAGCUACUGUCCGGACACCAUGUUGGGUGGGAACUCCGAGAAAGCCUGCGUGUUCCCCUUCACGUACAAGCUGAGGUUGUACACGACGUGUACCACGGAUCACGAGGCCAGCGGGCGGGCCUGGUGUGCCACCACCGCCAACUUCGACGAGGACAAGCUGUGGCGCUUCUGUGGGAUGCCCGGGAAGGACCCCGGGAAUGCCCCGUGUGUCUUCCCCUUCACGUACCGGAGCAAGGAUUACAAUGAGUGCACGGGAGCCGGGGAGGAGAAGGGGAAGCUGUGGUGUGCCACCUCCCGCAACUACGACAGAGACAAGAAGAAGCGCUACUGCUUCAGUUCAGCCUACGGGGGCAACUCCAGAGGGCAGCCCUGCAUCUUCCCCUUCAGCUUCAAGGGCCGCGUCCACACCGCCUGCCCCCGGGAUGACAAUAAAAUCUACUGGUGCGCCACGACCAGCGAUUACGACCGGGACCAGCUCUGGAGCUACUGCCCGGACACCACCCCCAGAGGCAACAACCCCACUGAACUCUGCGUCUUUCCCUUCCUGUUCGGUGGGAAGAAUUACACCAGCUGCAUCCGGGAUGGGGAGGGUAAACUCUGGUGUGCCACGACGAAGAACUACGACAACGAUAAGAAGCGGAAGGACUGCUCCGUGCGAGCCCACGGCGGGAAUUCCGGCGGGCAGCCCUGUGCGAUCCCUUUCCAAUACCGUGGGAAUACGUACCACACCUGCAUCAAUCAGAACAGCCCGGAGGGCUACUGGUGUAGCACCACAGACGACUACGGGCGAGACGGGCUGUGGAGCUACUGCGCCGACACAGCCCUGGGCGGCACCGACCCCGGAGCCCCCUGCGUCUUCCCGUUCGUCUUCAAGGACCACAGCUACCACAACUGCACCGUGAUGGGCGAGGACAGCGGGCGUUCCUGGUGUGCCACCACGGACAACUACCCCCGCGACCUCAAGUGGACCUACUGCUACUUCACGGGGCACCUGUGAAGUACCAGGCUUCCCCGAGGGAUGGCCGAUUAAACAUUUGCGUUAGCCAAUUUGUAGCAGAAGUGGCCCAUCCCGUCCCCUCCUCGCCCGUUG